AUGACCCCAAUUGCAACAAGCAAUGGCGGCGCUAGAGGUGUUGCUGAAGGCAGGCCUCGUAUCCUCAUCCCGGAGAAGGUUUCACCAGACGGCAUGGCAAUGUUGGAGCCGCACUUUGACGUGGACGUCAAGCUGGGCUUGACUCCCGAGGAACUCAUCUCUCAGAUUCCGGGGUACCAUGGUUUAAUCGUCCGGUCCGAGACCAAAGUAACGGAAGAGGUUCUUGUUGCUGGCAAGAAGCUCCGCGUGGUGGCAAGGGCAGGUGUCGGUGUUGAUAAUAUCAACGUGCCAGCGGCAACCUCGCGCGGCAUCAUUGUCGUCAACUCGCCUUCGGGAAACAUCCUCGCCGCUGCGGAGCAUACGAUUGCUUUGCUACUUGCUAGUGCUAGGCAUAUUGGCAGGGCAGAUGGAAGCUUAAAGCAGGGCGGCUGGGAACGGAGCAAGCUCGUGGGCAUCGAGGUGGGACGGAAAGUCCUUGGCAUUGUUGGGUUGGGCAAAGUCGGGAUGAAUGUGGCACGAAUGGCAAAGGGCCUUGGCAUGCAAGUCAUUGCGGUCGAUCCAUAUGCCAACCCGGACAUGGCACGCCACGCGGGUGUUGACUUGGCGUCCACCUUGAAGGAGAUGCUACCCGUUGUGGACUUUCUCACCAUCCAUACGCCACUGCUGGCAACAACGCUGGAUCUUGUCGGUGAAGAAGAGUUCAAGUUGAUGAAGAAGACUGCGAGAGUGCUCAACGUCGCAAGGGGAGGCGUAUACAACGAAGCAGCGUUGGUCAAGGCCCUCGACGAAGGAUGGAUUGCAGGGGCUGGGAUCGACGUCUUUACUUCGGAACCCCCAAAGCCAGACUCGGCGGCUGGGCAGAUAACCAAGCAUCCCAAAGUGGUGGCCACGCCUCACCUGGGAGCCUCCACGGUCGAGGCACAGGAAAACGUAUCAAUAGACGUGUGUACACAAGUGCUCGAGAUCUUACGAGGCGGCCUUCCCACCAGCGCCGUCAACGCGCCAAUCAUCCUGCCCGAGGAGUAUCGCAAGCUCCAGCCGUUUGUGCAACUGGUUGAGAAGAUGGGGCGUCUCUACACGCAGCAUUUCGUCAGGACCAAGGGAGGGCUGGUUGGCGGCCGCAACUUUGAGCUGAUCUACCACGGCGACUUGGCGGGAAUGUCCAACACGAAGCCGCUGUACGCGGCGCUGGUCAAGGGGCUGGUCGCGUCGUUCAGCGACUCCCACGUCAACAUUGUCAACGCGGUGCUGAUUGCCAAGGAAAAGGGUAUCAAAAUUAGCGAGACGCACUCGCACCAGCCGGGCGAGCAGACGUAUGCGAACCUGGUGACACUGAGGGCACACGCGGAGGACGGCAGCGGAGAGCAAGUCAUUGAGGGAUACGCCUCGGGCAAACGGGUGUACAUUUCCAAGCUGGACCGCUUCAACGCGACGUUUACUCCGGAGGGGACGAUGAUUUUCCUGCACAAUUAUGAUGAGCCGGGCAAGAUUGGGGGUGUCGGCAUGGUGCUGGGCUCUCACGGGAUCAAUAUCAGGUUCAUGCAGGUCGCCAGCUUAGACGAAGACUCGAAGCAAGCUGAGGCAGAUGCGGUGACAAGGGGGAACGAGGCUUUGAUGAUUUUGGGAAUAGACAGGCUGGUGGAUGAAGAGGUGAUGGAGGGAUUGAGGAGGUCGGAGGGAGUGUUGGACGUGGUGCUGGUGCAGCUGUGA